AUGCACAUGUUCAAAAGUGCAUUGAGUUCUUUCCCUGGUUCACUUUUAUCCCAAACCAGAUUAGGAUCCCACUUGCUACCCAAAGGAAGACUUUAUAGUAGUCAAAACCGACUACUAAAAGAGGCAGCUGGACCAGGAACCUCUUUCAAGUCAGAAGGAAAUAAAGAUACAAAUUCGAAACAAGAUAAAAUUUCAAACGAUGAUGAUCAUAUAGAGCAAGAUACCAAGGAAACGCGAACUCCAACCACAGAAGAACGAUUACAGAAAUUAAAUAACCAUGAACACCGAAUUAUAUUGGAUAAAAGUCGAGCAGUAUCCAAACAUCAUCAUAAAAAUAAUAAUAAUGACAAUGAUAAUCCUGAACAUAGUAGCAAUGAACAUGAAGCAACGGAGCAGGCUCCUUUAGAAGACCAUCAUAAUUGUGAACCAUUAAUUGACGCAUUUAAUGAUAUGGAUCCUUACAUAGAUACUCAUGGAUGUUUUGUUGAACUUAGAAAUGCUGGUUUUACAGUCGAGCAAGCUGAUAUUAUAAUUAAACUUCUUUUAUGUCUGCUUAAUGAUAAACUUGGAAAGCUUGCUACGCAAUAUGCUCAGAAUUAUGAACUAGAAAAUGAACAAUACUUAUUUGAAUCUGCACAAGAAGAAUUGAGAGUUGAUGUCACCAGAUCUCGUGAGCUGCAUAUCCAUGAAAUGAUAAGUUUGAUAAACAUUCUUGAAAGAGAUUUUAGUAUUAUAAGUGAUGAAUUAACAACAGAAUUGAUUAACAUGAAGAAUACUAUUGAAGUGACAAUCAAUGACCAAAGACAAGAGAAUACUCUACUUAGUAAGAUGUUUAUUCUUAAAAUUCAAGAGGCAAAUCAUAAGAUCACUACUGAGUUGAUCUCUUCAAUGCGUUCGGAAAUUGAAAGUUUACGUUGGAAUUUAUCUAGAUGGGGUUUAAUGGCAAUUAUCACCAGUUUAUUCAUGGGAUGCUCCAUAGUUUACUUCAACAGAUUUACCAGAACUAACAAACAAGAGAGACAUGAAUUUACUCCUUUAGUCAUUUACGAACCAAGUGAAUUAGAAGAAGAUGAUUAUCAUGAUGAUUUAGAUAGAAGUGUGGUAUGA